CGCGAACUACUUUCCAUAGAGAAGAACAGUGUUCCACGCAAGUUUUCAUUUUCUGUGACACAACCUCAUUAGGGUCAGUUGUGUGAAGCUCCCUUGCGCGAUGUCAGAUAUCGUGUCCCACUGAUUCGUAGAACAUCACAAAUUCAAGAGCUGUCAUGCAUUUCGGAUCAGCCUGAUCUCAAGUCAGAUCCCUCCGACGGUCAACUGCUUCUCAAGGGGAAGCCUAUCACGUGUUUCUUCUCUAGAAUCUCAGCUGAUUGUAGUCCACCCCGUCCUCAACGUCUUCUUCUUGGGUCUUGUUCCACUUUUUGCGAAGCCCCGUUGGACUGAGAACGUUGGCCCGUUUGAGGCCAUUUCCAUCCACGCUGUCUGGGGGAGAGACUGAGGACAGUUGGGCCUCACUCGCACGAGUCUUCGUAGCCGCUAAAGCAAUCGCUUAUUCGUAGCUCUUCGGUCUCGGUCUUUUCUUCCUUGGAUCUCUCUUGUGUUUCUUUUUGUUCACGCUCGCUCUCCCCGUCUUGUGGUCUUGCAUGUCCCUGCGUGUGCCUCUAUUUUCCCACUCCUUUUUGGAUGGAAAUCGAGGAAUUGUGAGCGCGGGACGCCAAGGAUUCCCGUCAGCCUCAGUUUGCGCCUGUUUGAAAGUUGGAAAACAUCAGUGCUCAGUGUGGAGCUGAGGGAACUUGGUUCCACUCGGACAGACAGUCAACCCGCAACAACAUCUGGCACAUUCCACCUUCUAUCGCGUUUUGGAUGUGACGAGCUGGCAAAGCUACAAAGGAACAGAGGCACAGAAGGGACAACUUUAUCUGGAGAGUGAGAUAGAUAUCAUUUGCAUAAGAUCUCCAAUCCUUCGGGGACAGGGCCGCCCUCCAUCCACUUGAUCGUCUGAAGUGAGACGGAGUCAAUCGUGUAAACAUCAUCGUACCAUGCAUUUGUUAUUGUUGGGGCAGAUCUAGUUAUGUGCGGAGGGUCUCCUAAGUGUGCUUUCGUUGAAAUUGCUCGUCUUCAAUGGUGCCUUCUCUGCUCCUGGAAACUUCCAGCCAACUGUCAACCAUAGCACGUGGUCCAAUCACGAGGCUGCGCCACCAAGGCACCCAUGUUGUCCUUUUGAGUGGGAGGGGCAUGUCUUCCUCCAAGGACCACCUACCGGAGGUGGGUGCCAGUCCUCGGAAGACCCCAGCCUCGAGUGCUGGGCCUGAAGGAACGGGUUCCAAACCUGGUUCGCCUUGGUCAAGCCCCAGACCCAAGUCCAAGUGUCAGCAUCACCUCUCGUCCCACGCUCGGAGUCGCAAUGUCUUGCAAACUGUCAAGACUGUGGUUCCCAAGUUAACCAACGACCUCUACAAAGGCCAGAGCGGACGGAUCUGUAUCUUUGGAGGGUGUAUUAUGUACACGGGUGCGCCUUAUUUCGCGGCCAUUUCUGCGCUCAAAGCCGGGGCGGAUUUGGUCCACGUGAUCUGUGAACAGCAAGCCGGCCAGGUCAUCAAAAGCUACAGUGCCGAGCUCAUCGUGCACCCCGUUCUGGAUACGGAAUACGCCUUGGAGGAGAUCGAUCAGUGGCUGCCUCGAUUUCACGCUGUGGUUAUUGGGCCAGGUUUGGGCCGGAAUCAGUCCAUGCUUGGUAGAAUAUCCAUCAUCAUCGAGAAGGUGAAAUCCCACAACAUUCCACUUGUGAUAGAUGCCGAUGGCUUGUGGCAUCUCAUAAACAGUCCCGGCCUUAUUCAAGGCUACAAGAAGGCCGUCCUGACUCCAAACGCCAUGGAGUUCUCUCGUCUGGUUCACACGGUGCUAAAGCGUGGCGAUGUGAAACCAUCCAGUGCACCGGAUCCAGAAAUGGUCAAUGAGGUGUCCAGAGCCUUGGGAGGCGUGACCAUCGUGCAUAAAGGCUCAAUCGACAUCAUUUCCAAUGGCAAACACACGGAGAGUUGUGUCGACGAAGGCUGUCCUAGACGGUGUGGCGGUCAGGGUGAUAUCUUGGCCGGCUCCUGCGCUGUGUUCAUGCAUUGGGCCACGCGUCUCAAGGACGACUGCCCGGAUCCCGGGGCGGGCGUGUUGGCCGGUUGGGCCGCCUGUCGUCUCUCUCGUGCCUGUGCAGCCCAGGCCUUUUCGCGGCAUGGGCGUGCCACCACCACAACGGAUCUCAUCGACCAAAUCGGAACCGCCUUUCAGCGCCUCUUCGAGUCCGAGACUUGUAUUUGAUCGAAACCCCAUUUGCAUUUCCCUCCUCGGUUCCCCGUGAUCUUCAGAGUUGGCUUCUCAUUUCUACUCAUUUGUCAAGGCUUUCUCGUUCUCGUCUCCUUGUUCAUCUUCUUUUUCGUACACGCUUUCCGAUUCUCUUUAACAUCGUGGUGAACAAGACCCGCCAAGAUCAAACCAACCACCAACCAAUACACCAUCAUCCAACCUCGUCCAAGACGAGCGAGCAAAUGCGGUCGGGGAACCCCGGUUUAGUCCCCUUUUGGAUGAUUGCUCGACCCAUAUGAUGACAUGAUAACCACCUCAUUACCCCACCUUCCGUAUAAGCCCCUUGGAACCCCCGGGAACAACUUGGGUGAAAGCUUUUCAAAUUCAGAAACAUUCUUUCAGCUUGCUCGCCACUCACACGCCUUAAGCGGCCUUUUUGAAGGCACAUUGUUAAUCAUCAAGAUUACAUUUUCUCCCCUCUCCUGCUUCCUGUUCCUCUUUCGUUCUUUCUCCCUCCCUUUCCUUCCUCCUUCUUACCCAUUUUCAUGUUCACUCGUUAUACUUAAAGCAAACUUCACACCACACGAAGAACUCUCUCUCUCUCUCUCUUUUUUAAUAAUACAUCCCUUACACACAUGCAUAUAUUGGGUUAGAUCAAAGAAAAUAAUCCCCCUGUUAUCCUCGUAAGACUCCUCAUGCCAUUACUUUUGGAUUUCCCCAUUUAUUCUAUCGACCUGUUGGCAAUAAUAAAGAAGAAGGUACUCCAUUAA